UCGGGUUAUGACUUUUUUAUCUACUUUUUUUUAAGUUAAACAUUAUCAAUAUAAAACGGGUAACAAAGAAUUUUAGCGAUUUAUUUGAUCCAGUCUAAAAUGUUAAUUCUCUUAGUUGAAAUAUUAUUUCUUAUUUUUCUAUUUUACUGCGUUUUUAUCAAACCAUACAAAGAACUUGAUAAAUUACCUGGUCCAUCAACACUAGAAUUGAUUAAAAAUUAUUCUUAUUACAGCUCACGUAAAGGAAUUGUUUCAUAUUUACGCACAUUAAAUGACAAAUAUGGUCGUAUUGUUAAAGUAUGGAUUAAACCUUUCAAGCCGAUGAUUGUAACCUCCGAUAUUGAUUAUGUGGAUAAAAUAUACAAGUCAAACGAUCUUCAUAUCACACCGAUUUUUUUUGAAAUGAUUUUUCUGAGAGAAGGAAUUAUGUCGAAUUCUAAUUACGAUUCAUGGAAAAAGGAUAAACAAACAAUUCAAAAAGCUGUUACUCGGGAAUACAUAUCUGGUAAAAUAAGUGUUUAUGACAAAAAAUACGACGAAUUUUUAGAUAUAAUUCGUAAAAAUCUUGGUAAACCAUUUGAUGUUGAAUCUCCGUUGUACCAUAUAGUUUUAGAUAUAAUGAUGCAUACAAUGCAAGAUUCAAACAUCGAUUUAACCGCUAAAGAAGUUCAAGAUUACACUAAAUUUCGUGUGGAUUUCUUUAAUUUACUUUUUGAAAAAAUGAAUUCUUUCGCAAUGAUGGGCCCUUUACAUAAAUUCACCAAAAAUUACAAAUUAAUGAUAGAAUCUAAAAAUAAUAUAGUCAACUUUUCAAGAAAUCUUGUCGAAAGACUUAAAUCUGUUAAAACUGAAUUACGCGAUAAGCACAAUUUAAUAUAUGCCAUGAUAAACAGUGGAAUGCCAGAAGAACGUAUUAUAGAUAACAUAAACACAAUGAUCCACGGAGGACACGAAACUUCAAUAAUUCCAUUAGCUUUGGGUUUCUACCAACUUUCUCAAAGACCCGAAUUACAACAAAAAAUCUUAGACGAAAUCCACACAAUAAUUGGAAAAGAUGUAAAAACUCCAAUUACUUUAAAAGAUUUAAAUCUAAUGAUAUAUUUACGGGCGUUUAUUAAAGAGUGUGUAAGAUGUUAUUUUACUGGACCAUUUUUAGAUCGAAAAACCGAAGAAGAAAUUGAAAUACACGGUGUUAAAAUUCCGAAGGGUACUCACGUUAUGUUUGAUUUAGUGAAUAUCGCGACGUCAGAUCAAAGUUUUGAUGAUCCACAUGUGUUUAAUCCCGACAGAUUUUUGAAGGAAAAUAUGACUUCAAGAACGGCUCGAGGUGAUAUUACGUUCGGUUACGGUAUAAGAACUUGUCCAGGAAAACAUAUUGCUUACGCGGCCAUGAAAAUAUUAAUCGUCAAGGUUAUCAGAGAAUUUGAAAUUUGUCCGCUUCAACAAGAACAUAAAAUCGAAUUGGUCUCGGAAAUUUUUUUCAGAAGCGUACAUGGUAUACCAAUUAGAUUUCAAAAACGAAAUUUAUAAUACGAUUGUGUUCAAAAAUUAUAAAUAAUUAUUAAAAAAUAAACAGGC